ACCAAUCAAAGAAGAGGUGGGCGGGCUCCCCUAGUUACUACAAGAUCCUCCAAAGAGUUUGCAGCGACCUGCCGUACCUAUGAGUCUCCAAGUAAAUGAAAAGCAUCGGCAGACGCGCUGAUUAUGCCGAGAUAAGGAGCACGUGAUCCGCGCUCCGUCCGAUAAUGGCAUGCGAUGCAUCAUCUGCGGUUGAUUUCCCGGACAAAGCGGCGUUCAGAGCGACUCCCUGUACGUGUGGGGAGAAGUGCAGAGGUCAGGGCAGCAGUAUGGUUUUCCUGGGAUUAUUCCUGCUGUCGCUGUGUCUGCACGCAGUCACCCUCGUCUGCUAUUUGGACCUGCGCUCCGAAGUCAAGCGGGAAAAAGGUCUCCAUCAGAGGCGGGAGUCUGUGAUGACCCUUACCUGGAGUGACCCGGCAGGGGUGCUCCCUCCCGGUGGACACCCGCGACAAGACUCCCACAGCGGAGACAGCAGACAGGAGAGAUUACAGUACAGAAAUGACGCCUUCCGCUCCACAGAAGACCACAGAGGCAUAACCCAGCGGGUGAAAAGAAGUCCCAGUAAGGACACAGAAGCCGAAUCAACUGGAAAAGAAAAAAGGAAAGAGAAGAAAAAAGGAAAAAAAAGAAUUGUGCCAGGGCCCCCAGGUCCCCCGGGUCCUCCGGGUCCUCAGGGGCCACCAGGGAUCCCUGGAAUACCCGGCAUUCCAGGAAGCAACGUUGUAGGGCCCGCAGGGCCUCCUGGACCUCCUGGGCCUCAAGGACCACCAGGAACUCAAGGUCCAGCAGGCGUCUCUGAUAAGACUAAAACAAAAGACUUCCAGCCGGCAGUGGUCCAUUUACAAGGACAGGAAACAACUAUUCAAGUGAGAGAAGAUCUAUCUCAAGGCGUUCUUAAGAACUGGAAGAUGGUGUCCAUCCAUCACCGCGUGUUCAAAAUGCACUCUCGCACUGGACAGCUUGAGGUGCUGUUGGAUGGUGUCUACUUCAUAUAUAGUCAGGUAGAAGUGUACUACCUCAACUUCACUGACAUUGCCAGCUAUGAUGUGAUGGUGGACUCCCAUCCAUUCCUCCGCUGCACCUGCAGUAUUGAGACAGGCCAGCGCAAGUUCAACACCUGCUACACGGCCGGCGUGAGCCCCCUCCGAGCCGGCCAGAAGAUCUCGAUACGCAUAGCGCACGAGUAUACCCUCAUCAACAUGACAAACCACACCACAUUCCUGGGAAGUGUCAGACUAGGAGAAGCUCCAUCUGCUGGAUAGACCAGACAGCUUCGCAACCGCGGCUCCUUUGCAUGAACGUCCAUUUGAGCUGUCUUUUUAUCCUGUCUGAUGUGAAAUCACUGCAUUGAGGAGGAGCGACCCAAAGCUCAUGAACUGCUUCUGUAGAGAGGACACUUGAGUUCUUACAGUUGAGAAAGCUCCUGGGUGACAUCGAAAGACUGUUCGCUGCAGUUCUGGACACAGAAACGAAUCCCGACGAGCCACAUAUCCUCAGCAACCACACUUUUCUAUUUAUAGUCACCAUUUUGUGCAAAUGCACGCAGUGUCUUUUUUUAUAACAACGAAGGACACUGCGCUGACAGAUUCAUAGUAAUUAAAUACUUUCAAGUGCUGUUGAGUGAAUCUUGUAUCUCUAAAAAACACCAUCUGCUUCGUAUGUUAGAUUUUUAUUUUUCAUUUGACUAUUCUUGGUGGGUGGUUUAACAAAGGAUUGAAAAUCCCCUAAAGGUACAAGUAAAACUUAGAAAAUCUAUUAAAACUGGAGUUAUAAGGUAUUCACAAAGCAACAGCACGACACAUUUGCACACUUUUGCACGAUGGCAUUCCUGCAGAAAACUCGUGUUUGUUUUUACAGUUCUAUUGUUUAGUUAUUUUAUGAAUGAAUCCAUGAAGAAAACCAGCAGUUGUUAAUACACGUCUGUACAUACUGUAUAUAAAAUGGAAUAUACUUUUUGUAUAUGAAGUUGAUUGAUGGAUUAAAAUGUUGUCGUUUUCUGCUUAAA